GCACCGCCCGGGCAGAAGCACACGGCGCAGACCAGCCAGACUGAGGCGCGCGGCGAGAAGGCUCCGGCGAAACUCUCACCAGCCGGGGACUUUGGAAAGAAGCGAGCGAGCGGUCCCCGCGCGCGCGAGUCCACAAGUGAGCGCUCAGCUCACCUGUUUCUGCCGCGCUACCGCCUUCCCACCCCUCGGACCCUCGCCUCCCGAGCCGCCCGCCCGCUCCCGCGAUGAAUCCGGCCCUGGGCAACCAGACCGACGUGGCCGGCCUGUUCCUGGCCAACAGCAGCGAGGCGCUGGAGCGCGCCGUGCGCUGCUGCACCCAGGCGUCCGUGGUGACCGACGACGGCUUCGCGGAGGGCGGCCCGGACGAGCGCAGCCUGUACAUCAUGCGCGUGGUUCAGAUCGCCGUCAUGUGCGUGCUCUCGCUCACCGUGGUCUUCGGCAUUUUCUUCCUGGGCUGCAACCUUCUCAUCAAGUCCGAGGGCAUGAUCAAUUUCCUGGUGAAGGACCGGAGACCGUCUAAGGAGGUGGAGGCGGUGGUCGUGGGGCCCUACUGACCGGCCCCCGGCCCCCGCGGCAGCCGCCCCUCGCCUCCCCACUUCGCCAGCCCGGCCGCGCCCUCUCACCAUGCGCAACUGGGCGAAGCAAACCUGUCGGAGUCAGUUUUUUCUCUCGACUUUUGCCUUUCGGGAUGAAGCGAACCCGUUUAUCGCUCGCCCUCUGAAAGUCCCCAGGCCUGGCAGUAGGAAAAGAGAGCCUUGACUCUGGACUCAGCAGCAAGUGGCAAGAGAAGGCGAUUGGGGCGCAGAACUUUGGAAGCUGCCGCUAGCGCAGAAUGCGGGGACACCGACCCAGGCCAAGGCCCUUUUCCACCCGCAGGUGGGCCAAGCUCGGGGGUGCAGGUGGAGAGGGUGGGCAGGCGGAGACCAACGGCACCUAUUGCUUGGUGACCGGAAAAGUGACCCGCAUAUAUGCCACUUAACCGAACUAUCGGGGACACGUCUCCGGGUUCGCGCGCAUUCCCUCCAGCUCCUUGUAGCCCCGGCAGGACAGGCGAUAAAUACCUUUGAUUGAUUGUAACGUGACGUUUUAAAGGGUUUUGUGUUUGUUUGCUUGAAUACAAGUAUUUGAUAAGUCUUUUUCCGCCCU